GCCGCCGGGGACGGGGACGGGGACUGGGAGCGGGCCUGUGGGCAGCCGGCUUGGGGCGGGGGCAGCCCCCGAUCCCUUACUAGCAGCCUAGAGCUCCCUCGUUAGAGCCUGCAGCCUCCUCGGUUAGCCGGGGUCCCGCAUGUAUAGGUUCAGAAAAGAGGACACGGCGGGGAGGAUAUGCCCGUGCCGCACCCCCGGCCCUGCUGCAGCCUCUCACUCCCGACCCGCAUCCCCCUGCCCCCCCUCCCCGCCCCUCACUCUCAGCCCGCAGCCCCCUCGUACUGCCUGGUCCCUGCACUCCUGACCCACAGUCCCCUUCCCCCCCUCCCCUGGUGCUCCUCCCUCCUGACCUGCAGCCCCCUGCCCCCCCAGCCCUCCUGGUGCCCCUGCAGCCAGCCUCUUGCCUGCAGGAACCCACAGCCCCAUGCCUGCCCAGCUCUGCUGGUACCCCUUGCUCCCGACCUGCAGCUGCUUGCCUACCAUUCCCUACCUUGCUGGUGCCCCUCACUCCCCACCCACAGCCCCGUGGGCACUGUCUGGUGUGCUCUGUUCAGUGUCCCCCUCUUAGCACUCUUGCCUUGAACCUUUGUCUUCCAUUCUUGUCCCUGUUUUCAUUAUUAUUUGUCCAAAGAAAUCUGUAACGCAUCACUAGUGGCCCUCCAGUACUAAAAGGGCUUAUAGCUUCCAUGGCAGGCCUGGCCCAUAACUUCCCCAUAUGCGUUAAAACAGUCCUUUAAGCCCUGUAGAUGCUUCAAGGCUAGACAGGUGAACAGUGACUGGUGAGAGUGCCUAGUCUCGGGCACCUGGGAUAUAAGAAGCAUGGGUCACAGGGCUUACAGAUGAGCUGGGCCACCUUCAUGGUACUUCUGCUGUUAAAAUUUUCAUGCCUGCACUGUCUCCUACAAUGGAAGAAGGAAACAUUGUAAAAUGGCUGAAAAAGGAAGGGGAAGCUGUGAAUGCUGGAGAUGCAUUGUGUGAAAUUGAAACGGACAAAGCAGUGGUUACUAUGGAGUCAAAUGAUGAUGGUGUAUUGGCCAAAAUAAUGAUGGAAGAAGGAAGUAAAAAUGUGCGCCUGGGAACACUAAUUGCUUUGCUAGUAGAAGAAGGACAGGACUGGAAACAGUUUGAAAUACCAGCAGACAUUGGUAGUGAUAUACCUUCUCAGGCUCCACAAGCACCUGCACCUCCUCCCACUUCAGGAGACCCUGUGAUUCCAGCCACUAGCAAAAUGGAACCUCCGCCUGGAAAAUUGCAGAUUCGUUUAAGUCCUGCUGCCCGUAACAUUCUGGAGACACAUGGACUUGACCCAAGCAAUGAAACUUCAUCUGGACCUCGAGGAAUCUUCACUAAAGAGGAUGCCCUCAGACUUCUGCAACAGCAACAGAAGAGCAAAACUACUGAAUUGAAACCUUUGGUUUCUCCUGCCCCUCCCCAGCCUUCUGCAGUGCCUUUAGCCCCACAAGCAACAACUGUGUCUUCUGCUUAUCCAAGGCCUGCAAUUCCACCAAUAUCUACAGUAGGACAACCUGGUGUACCGGGUACCUUCACAGAAGUCCCUGCAAGCAACAUCCGAAGAGUUAUUGCCAAAAGAUUAACAGAAUCUAAAACUACUGUACCUCAUGCAUAUGCUACUGCAGACUGUGAACUUGAUGCUAUCUUGAAAUUAAGGAAAGAAUUGGCCGAAGGGUUUGCACCUCACUCCCCACCACUGAUUGGACUUCUUGAAAUGGGAAGGCCUAGAUACCGUCUGAGUUCUGAGCAGUCUGAUCUUUUUUGGAGCUCAGAUGACAUUAAAGUAUCAGUAAAUGACUUUAUUAUUAAGGCCACAGCAGUUACCCUCAAACAAAUGCCAGAUGUGAACGUGACCUGGGAUGGGGAGGGCCCUAGGCAGCUGCAAUCCAUCGACAUUUCUAUUGCUGUGGCAACAGACCGAGGUCUUAUUACACCAAUCAUAAGAGAUGCUGCUGCCAAGGGAGUACAGGAAAUUGCUGCUUCUGCAAAGGCUUUAGCAAAGAAAGCAAGAGAUGGAAAAUUGUUACCUGAAGAAUACCAGGGAGGAUCUUUUAGCAUUUCCAAUCUGGGCAUGUUUGGCAUCAGCGGUUUCAUUGCUGUCAUAAACCCUCCUCAGGCCUGCAUUUUAGCUGUGGGACGAGCACGGCCUGAACUCAAGAUUGUUGAGGAUGAAGAAGGGAAUGAGAAGCUUCAGCAGCAUCAGCUCAUGACAAUGACACUGUCGAGUGAUGGUCGGGUAGUAGAUGAUGAACUGGCUUCAAAGUUCCUGGAGGCCUUGAAAGCAAACAUGGAGAAUCCAAUGCGACUUGCCUUGUGUUAAAAUGAAUAAUAAAUCAGUUUCUGCCUUGCCAAAAUAUGGAGCAAAGUUACAAAAAAAAAAAAAAAUUACAGUCCAUUAGGAAAUAAAUAGUUAAUGUGAGAUGGACAAAUAAAAUUUUAAUUUAUUUGAAUUAACUUGAAAGACUCUUCAGAACCCUCUUUUUGACCAUUUCCAGCUCUCAAGUUUUAUACAAAAGCUGAAAUACUUUAAAGAAAUAUAGAAAUAAUGUUAACAUAUUAAAGUUCUUUAAAUGUUUAAUAUCAACCGCACAAGAUAUUUAACUGUACAGGUUACUGUUUAGUCAAAGAAAAUAGUUUGGGACUGUUAUAGGGAGGUUAGUGUGAGAAUAUUGUGUAAAAUGUAAAGGGGAAUGUGACAGUGCUUGUUUAAGGAUUUGCUGUCCUUUCACAGUGAGAAAAUAAAAAGCAUCACUGUGUGAAAUGUCCCUGUAAAUUCUAAUCAGCAUUAAGUUGGUCAAACUAUCCAUUUCAGCAGUAUGUCUUAGCUUCUUUAUAUGCAAAGAAAUCUAUAGCUAAAAGCUGCUGUCAGAGUUGGAUUGUGUCAACUUCAAGUUCUCAGAUUUUGUUGAAAAUCUUAACAAAAUUCUGAGACAAAAUAAGUUGCUUUGGUCUGUUAACAUGGUGGAAUAGAAGUUACUUUUGGUUUGGUUUACAUUACAGAAUUUACUGUACUCUUCUUCCAUCGUACUCUGAGCUUUCCCUGAUCGGGCAGGAAAGAAAUGCUGCUGGGUAAAGACCAAAUCACAUGAAGAAUGUAAAUAUUGAUAUUCAAAAUAAAAUAAUAAAUAGCCUACCUGACGCCACAGCUAGAUUUGAAAAUAUGCAUACUUGUAUAUUAAAUAAAAACAUGUUUGAAUUGUG